UAUUACUGUUUAAAAAAGCACGUGCUUUUGGACAUUCAACCAGAUUCCAGCGUCACCCCCUGAUUCGAUCCAAAUACUAUUCUUCAAAUAAAAUCCAAACCGACCGCAUCUCCGCCUUCUCUCUCCCUCUUUCUCUCUCUGUUUUUAACACAGUAAUUCUUUCUUGUGUUCACAGUUGACCCUUUCUAUGGUUUGGGACAGCUGAGGAGCUCCUGAAUACUAGUUUAUCUCACCGCUUCCUGAGAAGCUCCCCCAAAAUUCCUCAAUCUGUUUGGUCAAGACAAUAAAACGUUUGUUCCAAAAAGGAGACGAAGUUAAGGCAGUCUAUAGGAAUUUGGUCUUACGAUCCCAUGUGUUUAUGCAAAGGUGGGAAAUAGAGGAUAAUCUCGGGAGAACAAAUCCAAGGAAUUUUGUUGCUCUUUCAGCCAAUAAAAGUCUUCUCUGAAAACUAUGAGUGCGGGAAUAAAGAAAUCCCCUUCAAAUGGCUCUGAGAAGAUAUUAUCAUGUGAAGAGCAGCAGGCAAAGGUAUCUCCGAUUAACGAAGUAAAAAAGCUGAUAGGAACAUUGCCUGAUAAGUUGUCCAUCUAUUGUUCUGAUGCCUCCAUCUCAAGGUAUCUAAGGGCGAGAAAUUGGAAUGUCAAGAAGUCAACUAAAAUGUUAAAAGAUACUUUAAAGUGGAGGUCAGAAUACAAACCAGAAGAGAUUCCUUGGAAAGAGGUAGCUCGUGAAGCAGAAACAGGGAAGAUUUACAGAUCGAAUUAUUUUGACAAGCAAGGGAGACCAGUUCUCGUUAUGAGACCACGUUGUCAGAACUCAAAGUCAACGAAGGGACAGAUUAAAUAUUUGGUAUAUUGCAUGGAGAAUGCCGUUUUAAAUCUUCCGCCAGGUCAGGAACAGAUGGUUUGGAUGAUAGACUUUGAAGGUUUCAAUCUGUCACAUAUUUCAGUGAAGUUGACACGGGAAACUGCACAUGUUUUACAAAACCGUUAUCCAGAACGCCUAGGUCUUGCAAUACUGUACAAUCCACCCAAGUUUUUUGAACCAUUCUUUUCGAUGGUAAAGCCUUUUCUAGAGCCAAAGACUUACAACAAAGUCAGGUUUGUUUACUCGGAUGAUGUUAACACCAAGAAGAUAAUGGAGGAUCUGUUUGAUAUGAAUAAACUGGAGGCUGCAUUCGGGGGAAACGAUACUUGUGGUUUUGAUAUAAAUAAAUACGCCGAAAGGAUGAAAGAGGAUGACACGAAGAUGCCCACAAUGUGGACGAGAGGAAACCCUUCUUUGGCUGCUUCCGAACCUGCUGUUACCGGUGCUGCUCUUUCAUUGGAUUCUCUCAAGUUAGAACCAGAUUCUGAUGCUUCUGAUAAUGAGAAAACUGACGGCUCUUCAUCCCAGGGGAUAGAACCAGAAGUUGCCUCAGACCACGAUGAGCCGGUGGCUGCUAGUACUGGAAAUGCUACCCAAGGUGUACAUUAAGAAUGGCUCAAGGUGGAUGAUGGUGACUUAACUGAUGCAUCUCGCUGACCCUUUUGGCUGUCUGGUUAGGUACUUAAAAUAUAUGGUUCCUGUCAACUCUAAUCGUCAAUUUAUUUUGAGAAAUUUUGGAGACUCAACGAAUGAAUUCGCCAUUUGAAGUUGGCCGUAACUCCUUCACAAUUCAAAUAAGAGAUUUUUGCACGUA